GUAACCACUGUAUUUUUCUUCUUUGAUAUAUAAGUGAAAAGAAAAACGAUCCGCUGGCAAUGUAUGCUGGGGAUAUCAUGACGGUGAAUGUGAAUUUGGCUGGAUUGCCAGCAUUGGUUUUGCCAUGUGGCUUUGUUAAAGACGGCACUGCUAGCCUUCCUAUCGGCUUUCAAAUGAUUGGCGCUGCAUUUGAUGAGGAGAAAUUGCUUAGAGUGGGUCAUAUCUUUGAGCAAAUGCAUCAAGGUUACAGGUUUAUCCCACCAUUGAUAGCAGAUGAAUUUAAAAGCUAGCAACAGUUGUUUUAACUUUUAAGCAUGGACGGAUGCUCAAAAAUGCCAAAAAACUUGAUGGCUAUCUCACGUUUCCCUUUGACCAUGCAUGUACAUUUUUUUACUGAAUAAAACUAAGUAUUCAUUUGUUUAAAAAAGUUAGGAAAUUUUUGUUAUGGUAUACCUAUUUGGUCCAGUUAUGUUUAUAUGAGCAGCUAACCAACAAUUUUUAGCUUCAAGAAAAGAAGAGUAGAAUUCUCAUCAA